AUGCUCAUUGGCUCACUGUGAUACUUGCUCUACCAUAGUUAUGGAACUUGCAAAGCAUGCACAUCAACAUUUGAAGGAUCUGGAACAUCAACUCGUGCCUGCUCAUCUACCAGCUAUUUAGAUAUAGACACCUGCAAAUCAUGCACUAAUCAAUGUUUAUCUUGCACAACUGCAACAAAAUGUACUAAAUGCGUUGAUAAUGCAUCUGGCAUCUGAAUUGAUUAACUUUUACAAUAAGUUUUUUUAAAAAUUUAAAACUUAAUUAAUUUUAUGCUAUAAUUUUUUUUAUGAAAAAAAUUCUAUAAAAAAAAAGAUCAGCCCUCUUCAAAUUAGAACAGACUUUUUUAUACUAAUUAAAGGGAAAUAA